ACUUUACAGUUCAGUUAUAUUCCUUCCUUGGUAGGACACAACCAACUCUUUCUAACUGCAUAAACGACUUAUUUUCUCAGAGGAGAAAGGGUUAUCCCAAAAACAAAACUUAAUCAUUCAUUUCUUCUUCAUUUUCAUUCAUAACUUUUCUCUUCAACCCCCUUUUGAUUCCGCCUUAGACUUUCUUCUUUAUAUUAUAUUUGUACCUUUUCUCCCUUUUCAUCUUAGUCUCAAUUAAAUUCUCCAUCUUCCCUUUUAAUACUAAUACUCAUCAGUUUUAUACUCUAUGGUUAAGUGCAGAUUUGCUUACUGCCCAAGUUACCAAUCUGCUUUAGAACCAUAAAUAACAAUUCCACAAAACCCAUUAAGUUAAUCAGAAAAAAUUGAAGAAUGAAUUAUAUGUAUCCGGUGAAAGAAGAAUGCUUGGAAUCAUCAUCAUCAUAUCAGUUAGGUAAUGAGUAUCCACCAAAGCCAAUUGAGGGACUUCAUGACACUGGACCACCACCAUUCCUCACCAAAACUUUUGAUGUUGUUGAUGACCCAGUUACCAACCAUGUAAUUUCAUGGAGCAGAGACGGCACAAGCUUUGUGGUCUGGGAUCCACAUACCUUCUCUGCAACUCUCCUUCCCAGAUACUUCAAGCACAACAAUUUCUCAAGCUUUGUCAGGCAACUAAACACUUACGGUUUUAGGAAAAUUGAUCCAGAUAGAUGGCAGUUUGCAAACGAAGGAUUCAUCAGAGGGCAUAAGCAUUUGUUAAAAAGCAUAAGGAGAAGGAAGGCACCUUCCCAACUAACACAAAGUCACCACAGUGUUGAAGUUGGACGUUUUGAAUUAGACCAAGAGGUUGAUCGUUUGAAGCACGAGAAGAUAGUGUUGAUGAUGGAGCUUAUGAAUCUAAGACAGCAGCAGCAGAAAGCCAGAAUGUGCAUUAAGGAGAUGGAGCAAAGGUUACAAGUGACUGAAAUCAAGCAGAAACAUACGAUGGCAUUCUUAGCUAGAGCUAUAAAAAAUCCUGCCUUCAUACACCAACUCCAACAGAAAGAGAAGAGAAAGGAUCUUGAAGAAGCCUUGACUAAAAAGAGAAGACAAAUUGAGCAAGGAGUUAGAGGUAUUGGAGAAUCAAGUAGUAGGGGUGAAGGAAGGAGCAGUGUUAAAGUUGAGGCCUUGGAAUUUGGGGAGUGCGAUUGUGAUUUUGGAGUGUCAGAGUUGGAAAAGUUAGCUAUGGAAAUGCAGGGAUUUGGAAAGGGUAGGAUGGAGCAGGAGGUAGAACCUGAGGCACUAGAAUCACAAGAGAGAUUGGAUAGAGUACUUGAUGAAGAGUUUUGGGAAGAACUGCUGUUGAGUGAGAAAUUUGAGGGUCGAUUUGACAUUCCAACUACUGAAGAUAACGAUGAAGAUGUUGUCAACAUAUUGGCCAAUGAACUUGGUUGCUUGGAUUCAAGUCAUUAAAUGAACCACUGAAUCAUUUAACCUUUUCAUUUUGUUCACUAGGUUCAAGACUUCAACUGAGUCCAGUAUAAAGGAAGCGCAUGUGGUGGAGCCUAAUUGGGGAGACAGUAAAUUACAAGAAGGGAAAUAGUAUUAUCUUUGGCGUUUCUAUUCUAACUUUAUUACAUGUCCUUUUGUAGCACUUGGUAAAACCCCAUAUUCUCACUUUUCUCGUUAUCAUUGUUUGAUGAGGUAGGUUGCUGAUGGCGCUUGGACAAGAGUCUUUGGUAGUGAUAUCAGUCACUACAUAUACCCAAUUAAGAUUAAUCAGAAGAUGUAGAAUGGACAAGAAGUAGCUUUUCUCCAACAAUAGUAACUGAAGAUCACGAAGCAGGUUAAGGUUGUCGCUUUGAUAUUAUUUCUCCCCUACUAAAAUUUUUGUGUAUAUCUUUAAGGGAGAACACGUAAUGGAUGAUGUCACUCAUGUACUAUCUACUUGGGUUUCAUCAUCAUCACAUGUUAAUGGUUUGCAGUCUUCAAGAUGAGUAGUGUCAAACAUGUUCAGUAUGUGAUCACAUUGUAAGAGGAUCCUUCUCGUUCCUGUAGGGUGUGCAUAACUAUAGAAUACUGGAGAAGAGAUUUCUAGCCUCAAUGAUGAGAUAUCGGUUUUUUCUCACAUUCACAGUUAGCAAAUGACGAUUCUGAAGAGCAUAGUUCACAUCUUAUCACAAUAAAUCGAAUUUGAAGCAUGCAUUCGAUAUCUUAAUUAUUUUGUUAUCAUUAUAGUGCAACGAGAAAAUAACUAUUUCAUUUUGUUCUCGUCAAAAUUAAAAGAGAAACACAAUUGGUGAAACAAA